UUUACAUGAUAAUAUUUAGUAGCCAGCAUGGAGACUAUACUUGAACAGCAACGUCGUUAUCAUGAAGAAAGGGAACGGUUAAUGGAUGCUAUGGUUAAAGAAAUGCUUUUACCAAAGAAAACACCAAGAGAACAGAUCAACUCUGAUCAAAGACUGAAAUAUUUGUUUGAUAGAUCUGUUGCUUGCACCAAUGAACUAAGGGAGCUUUAUGAAGAUAAAGAUGGGCAAAGGAAAGAAGAGGUGGCUGCCCUGUCUGGCCCCAAUGAGUUUGCAGAAUUUUAUGCCAGGCUGAAAACCCUUAAAGAUUUUCAUCGGAAGCAUCCCGGCGAAAUUAAUGUUCCUAUGUCUGUAGAGUUUGAAGAACUGGCUAAAUUACGAGAAAAUACUUCAGAAGAAAUGCAAGACAUGGUUGAUUUUACUGAUGAAGAAGGAUAUGGAAAAUAUCUGGAUAUGCAUGAAUGUUACGAGAAAUUCAUCAAUUUGAAAGGAAUUGAUAAAAUUGACUAUAUCACCUAUCUAUCCACAUUUGAUCAGUUUUUUGAUAUUCCUAAAGACAAGAAAGGUGGCGCCUACAAGGAUUAUCUUCUGAUGCUCCUUGAAUAUCUUGAAAGUUACAUCUACAAAGUGAAACCACUGCUUGAUAUGAACGAGGAAAUGGAAUCCGUUAUGAAAGAUUUUGAGUGGCACUGGAGUGAAGGCACAUUUAUCGGAUGGCCUAAAGAAACUACUGGUGCCUUGACCCAUGCUGGUGCUCAUUUAGACUUAUCUGCAUUCUCAUCAUGGGAGGAAUUAGCUUCUCUUGGUUUGGAUCGAUUGAAGUCAGCUUUGAUGGCCCUUGGUCUCAAGUGUGGUGGUACUUUAGAACAAAGAGCACAACGACUGUUCAGUACGAAAGGACUUCAGUUAGAAGAUCUUGAUCCAUCUUUGUUUGCUAAAUCAAAACCUGGUAAAACUGGUAAAAACAGAGACAUGGAGAGACAAAAGGGAAUUGCCAUACUGGAAGCCCAGUGCUAUCGUCUAACUGAGGUGUUGAGUGAGCAGAGACUUGCAACCAGGGAAAAUGUACAACGCAAACAGGCCCGAACUGGUGAAGAACGAGAGGAAUCUGAUGAUGAAAAUUAUGAAGAGGAAGAUUCUGAUGAUGAUGAAGAAGACAUUCCUUAUAACCCCAAAAAUUUACCUCUUGGUUGGGAUGGAAAGCCUAUACCAUACUGGCUGUAUCGACUUCAUGGCCUGAAUAUUAGUUAUACAUGUGAGAUCUGUGGUAACUUCACAUACAGGGGACCAAAAGCUUUCCAGAGGCAUUUUGCAGAAUGGAGACAUGCCCAUGGUAUGCGAUGCCUUGGAAUCCCUAACACUGCUCAUUUUGCCAAUGUCACUCUUAUUGAAGAUGCCUUAGCUUUGUGGCAGAAACUGAAGUUAAAUAAAGAAACCGAGAGAUGGAAACCAGAUACUGAAGAAGAAUUUGAAGAUUCCUCAGGAAAUGUCGUUGCCAAAAAGGUGUACGAUGAUCUAAAGAGACAAGGACUUUUAUAAAAAUUGUAAUAAAGCCUCCAUCUUCUGUU